AUGCCUCAGAACGAGUAUAUCGAACGCUUCCAAAAAACCCAUGGCCGACGCCUCGACCAUGAAGAGCGCACGCGCAAACGCGAAGCUCGCGAGGGCCAUCUCGCAUCCCAAAAGGCACAGAACUUGCGAGGUCUGCGCGCAAAGAUGUACGCCCAGAAGCGACACGCAGAGAAGAUCCAGAUGAAGAAACGCAUCCGGGCGCAAGAGGAGAAGAACGUAAAAUCCGCCGCUCCAUCGGACGAGAACAGCUCUACACCCCUGCCGAACUAUCUCUUGGAUCGGUCGCAGGCUACUAAUGCCAAGGCCCUGUCAUCGGCUAUCAAGGAUAAGAGAUCUGAGAAGGCGGCUAAGUUUUCGGUGCCGCUGCCCAAGGUCAAGGGGAUUAGUGAGGAGGAGAUGUUUUCGGUGGUGAAUACGGGGAAGAAGACGCAUAAGAAGUCGUGGAAGAGGAUGAUUACGAAGCCGACGUUUGUCGGGCAGGACUUUACGCGACGCAAUCCCAAGUUUGAGCGUUUUAUUCGUCCCAUGGGUCUCCGAUACAAAAAAGCCAACGUCACACACCCAGAACUCGGCGUCACAGUGCAACUGCCCAUCCUCUCCGUGAAGAAGAACCCGCAGAACCCGCUCUACACCCAGCUUGGCGUGCUCACUAAAGGAACCGUGAUCGAAGUGAAUGUCUCAGAACUUGGUCUCGUGACUACAUCCGGAAAAGUGGUUUGGGGUAAAUAUGCCCAAGUCAGUAAUAAUCCCGAUCUGGACGGGACUGUGAACGGUAUUCUGCCCUCGUUCAUUCUCUCCUCCCAACCAGUUCAAGACUAA